GGUUGAUGGAUUCGGCAGAUAAGCUCAAGAUCAUGUUUAUGAUUGAUCAACUUUAAACAAGAGCUUAUUAGAGACUAUUUUGUUUUUUCAGCUAAACAAAUGCAACUCCACAAACUAUAUUCUAGAAAAAAAAAUAGAGUUGAGAGAGCAGCUUGCUUUACCGUAGAGUUUACAUAGCAGAGUUGGUGUAACAGUUUCAAACACAACUUAACUCCUUCCCAUGCAUAUGCAUGGUUGUUGACUCCUUGACAUACAUAUGCAUGGCCUUGACCGGUUCAAGUCAGUCCCCAACGGCAUCGGCGGCAGCCAGUUACAUACCACUGUCCACCGGUAUAGCCUAUCGGAUGCACGCGUAUCCUUGUCUGCGGCCGGAACGCUGCGAACUGAACGAGGUCGAUCACCACGCACGUCGUACACUGGUAUACUGCUGCUAUAAAUACAACGCACCUCCUUCUCCAAACCACGCAAACCAUCGAUCCCUCUCAAGCUAGCUAGUCCAUCUCACACUUGCUGCUCUCAGCUAGCUAAGCAACCUAGCUAGAGCCCAGCGCCCAGGAGCGAGCGGGAGAGCUAGCUGAGCUGAAAGCUGAUCUGUGUGUCGCCGUCCAUGGGGAGCGCACCGGCCACCGUCCAAGAGAUGAGGCGUGCGCAGCGCGCGGAUGGGCCGGCCGCCGUGCUCGGCAUCGGCACGGCGAACCCGCCGACGUGCUUAGCGCAGGACGACUACCCCGACUACUACUUCCGCGUCACCAACAGCGAGCACCUGACCGACCUCAAGGGCAAGCUCACCAGGAUCUGCAACAAGUCAGGCAUCAAGCAGCGCUACAUCCACCUCAACGAGGACCUGCUCGCCGCCAACCCGGACUUCACCGACCGCACGCGCCCGUCCCUGGACGCGCGCGUGGACAUCGCCUCCGCCGCCGUCCCGGAGCUGGCCGCGGCCGCCGCGGCCAAGGCCAUCGCCGAGUGGGGCCGCCCGGCCACCGACAUCACCCACCUCGUCUUCAGCACCUACUCCGGCGCGCGCGCCCCGAGCGCCGACCGCCGCCUCGCGUCCCUGCUGGGCCUCCGCCCCACGGUGUCGCGCACCAUCCUCAACCUCCACGGCUGCUACGGCGGCGGCCGGUCGCUCCAGCUCGCCAAGGAGCUCGCCGAGAACAACCGCGGCGCGCGCGUCCUCGUCGCCUGCUCUGAGAUCACGCUCAUCGCCUUCUACGGCCCCGAAGGAGGCUGCGCCGACAACAUCCUCGGCCAGGCUCUGUUCGGCGACGGCGCUGGCGCCGUCAUCGUCGGCGCCGACCCCGUCGCCCCCGUCGAGCGCCCGCUGUACGAGAUGGCCUUCGCCUCACAGACCACGAUACCGGAGACGGAGGACGCCAUCUCCAUGCAGAUCAACAAAGGUGGCAUGGAGUACCACAUCUCCAACCAGGUGCCCCGUCUGCUGGGGUGCAACGUGGAACGUUGCCUUGUCGACGCCUUUCGCGCGCUCGGUGUUAGCGCUGCGUGGAACGACCUUUUCUGGGCGAUUCACCCUGGCGGCCGUGCCAUUCUGGACCACAUCGAGGGAGUGCUCGGCCUGGACGACACCAAACUGGCGGCGAGUCGCCAUGUGCUCAGUGAGUUUGGCAACAUGAGCGGCACCACGGUGAUCUUCGUGCUCGAUGAGUUGCGCCGCCGUCGGGCAGCGAUGGCCAAGCAGGGAGGGGAAGCGCCGGAGUGGGGAGUGAUGAUGGCUUUUGGACCAGGAAUCACAAUUGAGACCAUGGUGCUCCACGCCCCUAGCAACCUUGACCUGAAGGGAAAUUAA